GUUGCUCUCAUUCAUGUGCCUACAGGAAAAUAUCUAUCUACUAAUAGACAAAAAUACAACUUGGGACCAAGCAACCAGCAGUAUAUGGCUAUUUGUAAUGGCCAAGAAAUAGAUUUGAAAAAUGACGUUUGGAUAAUUCUUGGGGCUAAUAAUAAAAAAGCUGUAAAUAUAGAAAACCCUGUAUCUUUUAAUACAGUAAUUGGACUUAAACAUCAAGCAACAGAAGUAUGUUUACAUUCUCAUGACAUGAAUUAUGGGAAGGUUACACCCAAAUCACAUUAUCAGCAAGUGACGAUAUGUCCUGGUAGAAAUUCUGAUGAUAAUUGGGAAAUUAGAAGUUUUGGUUCUGGUGCUUUCUGUAACUAUUUGAGAGAUGAUGACACUAUUAGUUUUUUUCAUAUUACUACUAGUAAACCAGCACUUUACAGUCAUAAUGUCCUAUUAGAUAACGGAUGUCAAGAGGUUUGUUGCCAUGGAUAUGGAAGUGAUGAGAAUAAUAAG